AUGUACGCGUUUCCUCCUCCGCUCUGUUCUCCAUCGCUGUCGUUCUCCUCCGGCUGCAUACGAGAUCCCCAAAUUCCAACUCCAAAUUCCAACUCUCCUCCGACGGAGAAACCCUACUCCGGCGCCGACGAAUGUCAACGACGACGAAGACGAGCUCCUUCAGAUGGCGCUGAAGGAGCAAUCCCACCGGGAUCUCAAUUACCAGCGCCCGUCGUCGUCCUCCAAUCAACGGAAGCCGGUCUCGAAUUUCGUCCAGGCUCCCAAACCGCCGGUUCCGCGAGGCCGGCGGCCCCGACUCAUCGCCACCAGAAGAGCAGGGGUUCCACCCUGGACGACGACGACGACUCCGAAGUCGAAAUGCUCAGCAUAUCGAGCGGUGACGAGGAAGUGAGCAAGGACCGGCCGCCGGCCAAAGGGAGAGCCGGCGGCGGUGGAGCCGGAAGGGGAGGGAAAGACGACGACGGGUGGGAUGGCGGGGAGCCUGAUUGCUGGAAGCGAGUGGACGAGGCCGAGGUAAUGUGUAUCUCUAGCUCGCUUUCCUGGAUGCCUGUGGUUUCUUUUCUGUUUGCGGACUGCUAG